AUUUGAUGAAAAAGUAUGAAGACUCAGGUGUUAAAAAAGAAUUAUAUUAGAUUUGGUAAACAGCAAAUAAAAUAUUUUGGAAUGGAAAAAUAUUUACUGGGUAUCUAUGACAAAUUAUAUAAAUAUUAGUUCUGAGAACCAUAAAUUAUUAGCAAGUGUUAGUUUUAUUACAAUUCCAUCUAUUCUCUAUUAUAUAUUUAUGUCUCCUGUAAGAAUUAAACAUAAAAUAGGAAUUUGAGAAAAAUGGAUAAAAUGGGUAUAGUGUAAUAUUUGUAAUAAUUUAAAUUACUAUUUAUAUACUAUUAUUGAUUACAGUUUGUAUGGACCCAGGAAUAAUUCCAAAAAUUGUAUAGAUUAUUUCGAUAAAAGAGAUCAGAAUAUGAAAUGGAUCAAGAACUCCUAGAAGCACCUUAAAAAUAUUCUAAAAUUGAUUACAGAUUUAUAGUAGAUUCUAAGAUGUUUAUAAUAAAGGGUCAUUAAUUUAAAUUAAAAUAUUGUUCAACUUGUAUUUAAUAUUCAUCAAAUUAUAAAUUAUAUUAGGUGCAAUAUAUAGACCAGCAAGAGCAUCUCAUUGUCCUUCAUGUGAUAAUUGUGUUGUUAGAUUUGAUCAUCAUUGUCCUUGGAUUGGAUAAUGUAUAGGUCGUAGAAAUUAUGUCUAUUUUUACUUCUUUAUUAUGUCAGUAUCUUUUAUGUUGAUUUUUGUUUUUGGAACUUGUUUAUCCUAUAUAAUAGAUGAAUCUAAAAAAAGAUCAAUAUAUAUGGAUACUUCUGAUGCAGUAUCUCAAACUUUAGCUUAAAAUCCAGUGAGUAUAAUAUUAGUAAUCUAUUCUUUUGGAGUAAUUCAUUUUUUUAAUUAAUUAGUUUUAAUGUUUUGUUGUAGGAUUAUGGUUCUUUCAUUCAUAUUUAGUAUUAACUAAUAUGACUACAAAUGAAUAUCUCAAAAAACAUUGGAUAAUUCAAAGUAAAAACCCAUUUAGAAGGUAUUUCAUUAAUUAAAACUUAGAUAAAAUAUUUUUAAAAAUAUUGUACAUGUACUCACUUUCAUCUCUUAGCUUAAAUUUUUAGAAUUAAAACAACCUGUUUAUGAAACUAAUUCUUAAAUAAGUCAACGCAUAAAUUCAAGUCCGAUUCAUACUUAAAAUCAAGUUAAUGAAGUAAAUGAGUCAUCAAAAUGUAAAGAAGAAGAAGCCUAAUCAUAUAACAGAAAUAAGAAUAAUAACAUUUUAAAUAAAAUUCAACUUAUUACGCAAAUAUAACCUUGA